UUCACUUUAUUCUCAAUAUUACAUUAACUCAUACACUGUUCGCAUUAUGUAUAUAGUUGCCCUAUAUCAGGAUCCAAUGCAUGGCAAGCGCAUUAUUAUAUCGGGUAAUGACAUUGGAAUGAGCUUGGUUCCCAAGGAACUGUCAAUCUCCGAUCCGAUUCUACUGCGCCACAUCCUUUGCCUGAUAAUUGUGAUUCACAACGUUUUUUACAUGAUUCUCUGCUGCCGUCAGUUGAAAUUGUGUAAGGAAUACAAAGCUCCACCGCCAGAAAUGGAGGGCGUCAUGUCGCAGGAGGCCUUCGAGGCCUCCAAGGAGAAGCAACUUCACUAUUCAUAUCUGGAGCUAUUCAACCUUAUAGUAGAUACAAUAUAUAGCUGUUUGGACUUAUACCUUUGCAUUUUGGCGCACAUUUGGAAGCUGACGGUGAACUGGUAUGGCCAUACGAACCACGUAUGGUUGAAUGUGACCUUCAUGACGUUGUUUUCCACUUACCUGGUGUUCCGGAUGCUGCCAUCUUUGUUCUACGAGAAACUGGUCCUGGAUCCCAAAUAUAAUGUGGAUCCUGAAAAGUCUCCACCUUUAGUGGGUCUGAUUUGUGCCAUGGCUUUCUAUGUGGUUUUUCUGCAGAUUGGCAUCAUUCCGCUGACUACAAUUUUGAUGUCCAUUGUCCGGAUGAGUGUUUGGUAUUUCGUGCUGAUCGCAUGGCUUGUGCUGGUGCUUGUAUUCCUGCUCAUGUUGGUUACGGUCGGGAUUUUCGGAGUGCCCUGUUUGGGCAAAAGUCGCCUGUUAAAGGAUUCCGAUAUGAAUGAAAGACUGCGAUUGGUUCUGAUUCAAUUCAAAUUUCCGGGUCGGGUUUAUUUGGUGCACACAUUCCAUGUGGGACGACCAACUGCCUGGGUGAUGGGAUGCUUCUGUUGCCUGCGAUUGGAUAUCCACGAUAAUCUGAAAUUGCACAGGGGCUUGGAUGCGAACGAUCUGCAAUCGGGUCAGGUGGGAGCUGGUCUUAAUGACGAACAACUGCCGGCAUUUGUGGCCCAUCAACUGGCCCACUGGAAAUUGUGGCACGUACGAAAGACCCUGGCGAUGAUCAAUCUGAGUCUUCUCCUCUAUCUAGUGCUCUUUGGAUUGUGCUACAAGUGGCAGACUCUUUACCUAGCUGCAGGCUUCACCAAAUUCUAUCCAAGUAUCGUGGGCUUUUGGCUAGUGUAUAAGUACCUAAUGCCGGUAUAUUACACCAUCAACGCCUGGAUCGUGUUCUUCUUUCUCCGGCAUUUUGAGUACGCCGCAGAUGCCUAUGUCGUUCGACGGGGUUACGGCGUACCGAUGAGGGCCGCUCUGCUCAAACUUUUUGCGGAUGACUACGAGUUUCCAUAUGUGGACCAUUGCUACCUCAUGUGGCAUCGCUUCAGGCCAUCGAUCCUCCAGCGAAUCCUAAAUCUACAGCGACUUGAGCAAAACCGUCGCGUCUCCAUUGUAUCCCUGAUUUGAACUCC